AUGCAAACUACCCCGGACUCCUCAGAUUCGAUUGCAAGCCACGACGAGGAGGCUCCGGGCCUUCCCAUUACCUCCGACCAUGGCAAAGAAGAUGGAGAGGCGAUUGCUAAGAAGGAAGGUCGAAUUGUCUUCUAUCUGCGAGUGCUUGUGAUCUUGGUUUUAGCUGUGGCGGCAAUUUGCGUCUGUAUGGGUGUGCACAAAUAUGUCACCGACCAACAGCAGGAUGCAUUCGAAACCAAGUUCAACAAUGACGCCAGCAAGGUGUUGGAGGUGGUUGGUGCUACCUUCCAAGAUACAUUGGGUUCUACUGAUGCCUUCAUCACUCAGCUCGUUGCUUAUGCCCGUUAUUCAGGAUCCAGUUGGCCCUAUGUGACAAUGCCAGCCUUUGCCAUUCAUGCCACUAAGCUUCUAAAGCUUUCAAAAGCCUUUUACUUCUCUGUUUAUCCAUUUGUGGAACCAUGGCAGCAUGAUGAAUGGCUCAACUAUACUAAUGAAACCAAUGGAUGGAUCCAUGAGAGUCUUGACAUCCAGGCCAAGGAUGAAGACUGGUGGGGACCCAAGGAGAAAGAGUUUAGUCAUAGGCAUGAAAUUUUUGCAACUGGGGGCAAGGCCAGAGAUGAGCCCUUUGGACACAUGAACAACUUUCUUCCUAGUUGGCAAGUUCAUCCCAUGGUUCCCAGUGCUGGCUAUGGCUACCCUUACAACUAUGACAUCUGGCAGAUUGAUUCUCUUGCUCAAGCCAUUCUCCAUGCAGACAAACACAAACGUGUUGUGGUUUCCCCCCAAGUAAAUGCCAUAUAUGACCCUACAAGCGAAGAAUCAAUUGCUGGUGCAGAAAGUCAGUCCAAUUGGGCUUCAGCAUUCACACACCCCGACCUUGAUAACUCUGAGCCCUUCAGCGUCAUCACAUUUCCCAUUUACGAUGACUUGUCAUCCGUUCGGCUUGACCUCACCAAGAAUCAGAGCUUCGUAGGUGUUGUCACUUUCUCGCUUUACUGGAGGGAAAUGAUACAACAUGUUCUCCCUACGGGUUCUGAUGGGAUCAUUGUGGUCUUUGAAGACCCCUGUGCCCCUUCCUUCACUUACAGGCUUGAUGGACCUAUGGCCACCUUCUUGGGAUCUGGAGACCUACAUGAUCCCACAUAUGACUCUAUGAAGCACUCUGCCAAGCUGUCUGCACUAGCUAAUGUCUAUCACGAUCAAGAGGGGGGAUCUUCCUACUCUUCCUACACAGGUAUUCCUAUUGCAGAUGACUUUUGCCCCCGUACCAUUUCCGUCUAUCCUUCCUCUGCUAUGGAGCAUGAUCAUCGCACAUCAGAUGCCGUGCUGUUCACAGUCACAGCUGCAUUGAUCUUUCUCUUCACUUCCACUGUUUUCAUGCUUUAUGACUUUUGGGUCAACAGAAGGCAGCGGAUUGUGAUGCAAAGAGCUCUCGCUUCAGGAGCUAUUGUCUCUUCCCUCUUCCCCAAGAAAGUCAGACAGCAGCUUUAUGCUGAGGAGCAAGAAAAGAAGAAACGAGAAAAAGCCAUGAUGGACUUCAGUCACCUUUCCCAUACUACAUUGGAAAGCAACGGUUGGGAAGCGGAUACACACACCAGGCCCAUGGCAGACCUUUAUGAGCAUGCAACCAUCCUCUUUGCAGACCUCUGUGGUUUCACAAAAUGGUCUUCUCAAAGGACCCCUGUAGAGGUGUUUGAGCUGUUGGAAGCAAUUUAUGGUCAAUUUGACAAGAUUGCAUUGCGAAGGAGGGUAUUCAAGGUGGAGACAAUUGGGGAUUGUUAUGUAGCUUGCACUGGUGUUCCCCACCAGCAAACGGCUCAUGCGCUCAUCAUGGCAAGAUUUACCAAUGAUAUCAUGGCAGAACUGCAGCUGGUGACACACAGCCUGGCACAAAAAAUGGGUGAAGACACUAAACAGCUAACUAUGAGAGCUGGGCUCCACAGUGGUUCUGUCACCGCAGGCGUGCUGCGUGGGGAAAAGGGUCGCUUUCAGUUGUUUGGCGAUAGUGUGAAUACAGCAGCUCGAAUGGAACAGAACGGUGUGGGUGGCAAGAUCCAUGCAUCCCAAGAGUUUGCGGAUGCGCUCACAGCAAGUGGCAAAGGACAUUGGGUGACACCAAGAGGGGACAGAAUCACUGCCAAGGGCAAGGGAGAACUCAAUACCUACUUUGUGGUUAUAACACAAGAGACUGAGACAAUGACAAGCAGUUCUGUUUCCCAGGCCCAUACCCAUAUCCCUGUCCGUGAUGCUCCACAGGUGGGCCAGCAGAAAGGGGAAUUGUUUGAUGUGGAGGUGUAG